AUGAUUCUAAGACUUCUCAGAGUGUACUGCGUGUGGGAAUGUAAUUACGAAACAUCUCCUAAACCCUUUUUCCCUCCCGAAAACUCUUAUCGUCGGAAGCCUAAAACCUCCUAUCACCAGAAGCCUAAAACCUCCUAUCACCAGAAGCCCAAAAAACCCCCUAUCACCAGAAGCCCAAAACCUCCCCAUCAAACCAAAGCCAAAACUCCUCAUCAUCAGAAGCCCAAACCUCUCAUCACAGAAGCCCCCAAAACCCCCUAUCACCCGACCCAAAACCUCCUAUCAUCAGAAGCCCAAAACCUCCUAUCACAGAAGCCCAAAACCUCUCAUCACCAGAAGCCCAAAACUCUAUCACCAGAAGCCCAAAACCUCUCAUCACCAGAAGCCCAAAACCUCCUAUCAUCAGAAGCCCAAAACCUCCUAUCACCAGAAGCCCAAAACCUCCUAUCACUAGAAGCCCAAAACCUCUCAUCCUCAGAAGCCCAAAACCUCUAUCAUCAGAAGCCCAAAACCUCCUAUCACCAGAAGCCCAAAACCUCCUAUCACCAGAAGCCCAAAACCUCUCAUCACCAGAAGCCCAAAACCUCCUAUCACCAGAAGCCCAAAACCUCUCAUCACCACAAGCCCAAAACCUCCUAUCACCAGAAGCCCAAAACCUCCUAUCACCAGAAGCCCAAAACCUCCUAUCACCAGAAGCCCAAAACCUCCAUCACCAGAAGCCCAAAACCUCCUAUCACCAGAAGCCCAAAAACCCUCCAUCACCAGAAGCCCAAAACCUCCCAUCACCAGAAGCCCAAAACCUCCCAUCACCAGAAGCCCAAAACAAUCCUAUCACCAGAAGCCCAAAACCUCCUAUCACCAGAAGCCCAAAACCUCCUAUCACCAGAAGCCCAAAACCUCCUAUCACCAGAAGCCCAAAACCUCCUAUCACCAGAAGCCCAAAACCUCCUAUCACCAGAAGCCCAAAAACCUCCUAUCACCAGAAGCCCAAAACCUCCUAUCACCAGAAGCCCAAAACCUCCUAUCACCAGAAGCCCAAAACCUCCUAUCACCAGAAGCCCAAAACCUCCUAUCACCAGAAGCCCAAAACCUCCUAUCACCAGAAGCCCAAAGCCUCCUAUCACCAGAAGCUCUCUUACACCGAUCUCUCCCGCAGUGACACCCACGGCGCCCCAACAGGGCCUUGUAACAAUCGCGGCGGAAAAAGGCAACGCCCACCGCCCUUCAAGGGAGCGAGAUGAAAGGCGGGGAGUGUGA